UGCUUGUGCAGCCGCGGCCGGGCGGAGCAGUGACUGAUAAGCGGUCCGGCCGCACGGUGUCCACCACCUCAGCGACCAGCAAAAGGGCCGCCGCGGCAUCGCGGAAAGACAGCGGCCUCCCCUCCUUCUUUACCACCCUCGGCCGAGACCCUCGCCCCGCGCUGCGUACGACUCCUCCGACUCUUCCCAGCGCUGCGCUCCGCAAGUCCGUCGCUGGGCGCUACUCGAAGAGCCGUCGCCGGAGGAGGAUGAUCUGCUCCGGCCCCGAGACCAGCCGUCGGCGGCACGUGGUCAGCCUCGCGAGAAGGUCCACGUCGUCGUCGUCUCAUGCCUUGUCUCUGCUGGCGUGGUCCUGCUGGUACCUGCUUGUCUGCGCCGCUCCGUACGGCUCGGAAGCCGCGAGGGAGCAGCAGGCCAGUUCGACCGCCGAAGUGGAGGCGGUGUCAGACUCCGGUCCGUUCCAGAGGAUGAGCCGGGUCAACGUGAACGUGUGCCGCUACGGUCCGGCACCGAUCUGCUGUGAUGGCUGGAGCAAGCAGUGGAGCCACGGCCGAUACGGACUCUGUACUGUCCCGGUGUGUCGGAGGUCUUGCGGCCAAGGCCAAUGCAUUAGGCCCAACGUGUGUCGCUGCACCAACGGAGUGGUGGCCAGUUCCUGUACGCCCCCAUCAUCUCCACUGACGUCACCCACGGUGUCGACCAACGGCUCAUCGACCGCGGUCACCAGCUCAACUUGGCCCACCGAUCACGGCGGUGGUGCGCAGUGCCGGGAACCCUGCCUCAAUGGCGGCCGCUGCAUCGGCAGAGACCGCUGCUCGUGCGUGUAUGGCUACACGGGGCGCCGCUGCGAGAGAGACUACAGGACCGGUCCAUGCUUUCGCAACAAGCACCACUCUUUCUGCUCGGACCAGCUUCCCGGAGUAGUGUGCACGCGACAACUGUGCUGCGCCACCGUCGGCGUCGCUUGGGGACACCCGUGCGAGUCGUGCCCGCGCCAUCUGGAGUGCGACCGCGGAUACAUCACCAACAUCCGUUCGCGCGGAUGUCAAGAUGUGAACGAGUGCGAAGCCAUUCCGGGCAUUUGCGACGGAGGGAACUGCAUCAACACUCAAGGAUCGUUCAUCUGCGAAUGCAACGAAGGAUACUCGAAGAACCCGCGAACAGGAAAGUGCGAAGACGUGAACGAGUGCGCCCACGACUUGGAGAUAUGCAACGGUGGACAUUGCGUCAACACUGACGGCAGCUACUACUGCGUCUGCAGUUCGGAAACCGUGCCCAGCUACGACAAGAAGGCCUGUCUUAGCACGACCCGGGACUACUGCUACACCGAAUACGGAGGCCCAGGAUUGUGCCGGAGUCAGCUCGCUGUGACGCUGACCAAGUACGAGUGCUGCUGCAAGGAUUCGUCUAGGAUGCGCGGCUGGGGAACACCCUGCCAGAUGUGCCCACGAAACGGAACGGCUCAAUAUAAACAUCUCUGCAGAUCGCCUGAGAAGAUGCCAUCGAACGAGUGCGACCUGAGACCUGGCCUGUGCGAACACGGCCGCUGCGUCAACACCAACACGGGGUAUCGCUGCGAGUGCGACGAUGGCUUCCAUCCCACGCACGACGAAAAGGGCUGCAAAGACAUCGACGAAUGCAAGGACUACAACUACUGCUCCCUGGGAAGCUGCAUCAACACAGAGGGCGGCUUCCGCUGCUUGUGCCCGCGUGGAUUCGACACCACGCCAGAUGGCAAGCAAUGCAGUGAUCGUGACGAGUGCAAAGAGAGUGGCAUGUGCGGAAACGGACAAUGCGUCAACAUGGCCGGGUCGUACAAGUGCGUGUGCAACCCCGGAUUUACGCUAUCGCCAAGCGGUCACGCCUGCAUCGACGUCAACGAAUGUGCCGAGAACAGCCAGAUCUGCCUCCGAGGUGGCGUAUGCGAGAACACACCUGGAAGCUACCGCUGCACUUGCAGCAACGGCUACGUUUGGUCGCAGGAUGGGCAAUUCUGUGUAGACAUCAACGAGUGCGAGAAAACUGACAUGUGUCGGAACGGCAUAUGCGUGAACAUACCAGGAGGGGUCAAGUGCAGUUGCAACGCGGGUUUUAAGGAGUCCUUCGACCAACAUCACUGCAUCGACAUCGACGAGUGCCGAGAGCUGGACUACGCGUGCGGAAACGGACGGUGCGAGAACACGGUGGGCAGCUUCCGAUGCAUCUGCGACAGCGGCUACAGCCUGGGACCGGGUGGCAGAUCCUGCGUCGAUUCCCGGCGCGACUACUGCUACUCGUGGUACAGGAACGGCGAAUGUGGUCGUCCUUCUGCGAUGCAAGUGAGGAAGUCCGCCUGCUGCUGCGGCGCCCAUCCCCAGCAAGGUCCGUCUGCCUGGGGUGGCCAGUGCACGCCCUGCCCGCUGCCCGGCACGCCCGAAUACUCGCGUCUUUGCCCCAACGGAACCGGAUCCGGAAUCAACGGUGAAGAUAUUAAUGAGUGCCGGGUGUAUCCGGACAUCUGCCCCAACGGGGCGUGCGAGAACCUUAUAGGAAGCUACCGUUGUAUAUGCAACCCAGGAUAUCAAGUCGACAGCACAGGGAAGAUCUGCGAAGACAUCAACGAGUGCAAGGUGAACUUGAUGCUGUGCGAGAACGGCCUGUGCCGAAAUACUCCGGGCAGCCACCAGUGUACGUGCCCGACGGGGUACAGGCACAACACGCACACCAGCGUGUGCGAAGAUGUGGACGAAUGCCUCAGCUCCGGCAAGGACGUCUGCGUGCGCGGCACAUGUGUCAACACGCCGGGAAGUUAUCGCUGCGAGUGUCCACCGGGCACGACGCUGGACGCAUCUCGACACGUGUGCAUAGACAACCGGCGAGGCCAGUGCUGGCUCGAGGUCAGGAAUGAUCAGUGCGAGAAUGACGUCAAGAGGAAGAUCAUGCUGCGCUCCGAAUGCUGCAACUCGAUUGGCCAAGCCUGGGGGAGCCCCUGCCAACUUUGUACGACGGAAACAGAUCCACACAAGUGUCCUCGUGGCCAAGCAUCCGUCGAUGGAAUCACGUGCACAGAUAUCAAUGAGUGCGAACUGUAUCCGGGGAUCUGCCAAGGAGGCGGCCUCUGUGUCAACACUCCUGGAUCGUAUCAGUGUAACUGCCCACCGGGCCUGACACUUGACUCAGCAGGAACGCGAUGCGUCGACUUGCGAGAAGAGGUAUGCUACGCGUCGUUCAAGGAUGGUCGCUGCUCUGCUGGCAUGUACGGACUCUUCUCCAGGGCCUUUUGCUGCUGUACGCUGGGCAAAGCAUGGGGACACGCAUGCGAGCCAUGUCCACGGCCCGGAACUGAGGCCCAUCGCGAGCUGUGUCCCAAGGGACCUGGUUAUACCGUAACGACAGUAGGCUCGUACACAGAAGCAAACGAAUGCCUCCUGUUUCCCGGACUGUGCCAGAAUGGCCGCUGCCAGAAUACCAUCGGUGGCUUCCACUGCGACUGCGGCAAAGGCUUUGCCAUCGACCAGGAUGGCAUCAACUGCACGGACAUCGACGAGUGCAGCAUUACCCACGGAAUAUGCCCCAACGGCAGGUGCAAGAACACGCCCGGUUCGUUUCUCUGCGAAUGCGACGACGGCUUCGAGGCGUUCAUGAACAUGCAGGACUGCCGCGACGUGGACGAGUGCGCGCAGAACAGAGGUCUGUGCCGGGGUGGUACGUGCGUCAACACGCCGGGCUCCUUCCACUGCGUGUGUCCGCCCGGCCACGAACUCACCCCCAACGGGAAGGCGUGCAAAGACAUCGACGAGUGCAGCCGGACAAGCGGCAUCUGUUCGAACGGUGUCUGCGAAAACAUGAUGGGGGCCUACCAGUGCGUCUGCAACCAAGGCUACAAGCAGACGACGCUACAGUCGAGCUGCGAGGAUAUUGACGAGUGCGAAAUAAACAGGGGCAACUGCAACUCUCAAUGCACCAACACCCCUGGCAGCUACUUCUGCUCCUGCCAUCCAGGAUACGAAUUGUCGCCAGAUGGCGUCAGCUGUGUCGACGUGGACGAGUGUGCGCGCGGCCUGGACACGUGCAGCGGUGGCAAGUGUCGCAACACCCAAGGCGGGUACACGUGCACCUGCACGGACGGGCUUCUCUCAGCACCCGACGGCAAGGGAUGCGUAGACUACGACGAAUGCGAGAGAAACCGAAACCUGUGCCAGUACGGCAGGUGCGAGAACACGCUCGGAUCGUAUAUCUGCCGCUGCCAGCCGGGAUACUCGGUCAAGGAAGGCCACAACCACUGCACCGACGACAACGAGUGCACCAAUGGCGAGAAUGACUGCAGUGAAUUCGCCGAGUGCAUCAACACGGACGGCUCGUUCCAGUGCGUCUGCCGCGACGGUUUCCAAGGAGACGGCAUCACGUGCACAGACGUGAACGAGUGCGUUCGAGAGAACGGAGGCUGCGACACCGACGCCACCUGUAUAAACACCGACGGAUCUUUCAAGUGCGUCUGCGACAGCGGAUUCACCGGCAACGGCUUCCAUUGCCAAGACAUUGACGAGUGCAGCAGCAUAUCGUCGCUGUGUGGCAAUGGCCAGUGCAUCAACCAUCCGGGCAGCUACCGCUGUGAGUGCGACAUGGGAUUCGCACCCCAGGACAACGAGAGAGCGUGCGUCGACAUUGACGAGUGUACAGCAUUCGACAACAUCUGCGUUUUCGGCCAGUGCGAGAACGUUUUCGGCAUGUUCCGCUGCAUCUGCCACCCUGGCUACCAGUUGGACUCGACGGGCGGCAACUGCACGGAUACCGAUGAGUGCAGCAGUCCGGAAGCAUGCUUACACGGCCACUGCAUCAACACUCCGGGCUCCUACAUCUGCCAGUGUCCUCCGAACUACACCCUCACACCGACCAGAACCGGCUGCGUGGACAUCCGGGAGGAGCUGUGCUUCAACGAUGUCCGAGGCAACUUCCAGGGUCGUGGCCUCUGCAGCUCGCCCAUGCCCAGACCCAUGACUCGGGCCACGUGCUGCUGCACCGUCGGAGCUGCCUGGGGAGACGCGUGCGAAAUAUGCCCACCAGAGAACUCCACUGCAUACAAGGAACUGUGUCCUGGAGGCUCAGGGUACCGGCCAGACAUUACCACCGGCAGUCUUCAAGAUGUGGACGAGUGCGAUGAGCUGGUUGACGUGUGCCGCGACGGACGCUGCAUUAACACCUUCGGAAGCUUCCACUGCGUGUGCCCCGACGGGUACGCCCUGGACGACACGAGCCAAAGCUGCGUCGAUGUGGACGAGUGCAAGGUGUACCCGGACGCCUGUGGUCCCGGAACCUGCCACAACAGCGACGGCAGCUACGUGUGCUAUUGUCCACCGGGCUACGCAGUCGUCCCUGGAGGCAAAUCCUGUGUGGACGUCAGACAGGACCAGUGCUUCCACCACUACCACCAGGUGGACCUGCAUCACCCUCCCGUGUGCAGUCACCCCAUGAUGACCAAUCAUUCCAAGAUGAAGUGCUGCUGCUCGAGCGUCGGCAAGGCCUGGGGUCAGCGCUGCCAACCCUGCCCGCAACCGCAGACGCCGCAAUACAUGAAGUUGUGCCACGUCGCCACCACCGGCACGAUGAUAAACCCGUUCACGCAGGAAGUAGACGACGUGGACGAGUGCCAAGGCAUGGUCUGCCAGAACGGGGACUGCAUCAACACCGUGGGUAGCUUCAAUUGCAGCUGCCACGAAAAGAAAACUUUUGACGACGACUUUCUCGCCUCUGCUUACGCAGCGCAAUACAUGAAGUUGUGCCACGUCGCCACCACCGGCACGAUGAUAAACCCGUUCACGCAGGAAGUAGACGACGUGGACGAGUGCCAAGGCAUGGUCUGCCAGAACGGGGACUGCAUCAACACCGUGGGUAGCUUCAAUUGCAGCUGCCACGAAGGGUACAGAUACAACGAGCACCUCCACACUUGCGAAGACCUGAACGAAUGCCAAACGCGACCCGGACUGUGCACCGGCGUAGCCACCUGCGUCAACAAAGAGGGAAGCUACGAGUGCCGAUGCCCCGACGGAUACAGGCUUUCGGCGAACCGCCGAGACUGCGAAGAUGUGAACGAGUGCUUUGAAAAGCCGGGAAUCUGCCAGAACGGGGUGUGUGUGAACUUGGACGGGAGCUUCCAGUGCACUUGCAACCCCGGCUACUACGCAACGCCAUCUGGGGAAACCUGCAUAGAUUACGACGAAUGCACCAGGGGUCCCGGAAUCUGCGCCAACGGAAUCUGCGAAAACGAGCCGGGUUCCUACCACUGCAUCUGCAAUCCUGGCUUCCAGCUAUCCCCUAACAACGACUGUGUAGACGUGGACGAGUGCCGCACUCAGUACCGCAUCUGCCACAACGGUCGUUGCCGGAACACCAUCGGCAGCUUCCAGUGCGAGUGCCAGAAGGGAUACGAGCUCAGCGAGGACGGCAGAAGAUGCGUUGACAUCGACGAGUGCGACCACGACAUGUGCCAGGAGGGCACCUGUCGAAACUCCGAGGGCUCCUUCGAGUGCACCUGUCCGAAGGGAUUCGAGCUGUCGCCCAACGGUCGACACUGCGUUGACGUGGACGAGUGCCUGUCCGUGCCGCAGUUGUGCCUGGGCGGAGUGUGCGCGAACACACGCGGCAGCUUCAUCUGCACAUGCCCGCCGGGAUUCCGGCUGUCCACAGACGGCAAGAGCUGCAUCGACUUGCGCCAGAAGCACUGCUACCUGCGGUACCACGGUCAGCGUUGCUCGGAGCCACGCCUGGGCAACAUGACCCACCAGGAGUGCUGCUGUAUGGACGGAUCGGCCGCCUGGGGUGACGACUCGCACUGCACACGUUGUCCGACGUCUUCAGAGAGCAGUUUCAGGGCACUAUGUCCAUUAGGGCCAGGCUUCGUGCAAGUCGACGGCAGCACGUUGGACAUCGACGAAUGCGUCAAGAACCCGGGCAUAUGCAGCAACGGCAAGUGCAUCAACACCGACGGCUCCUACCGCUGCGAGUGCGAGCAUGGAUUCAAGCUGGACCCGAGCCGACAGAGCUGUGUGGAUGUGGACGAGUGCUCCCAACAGCCCGGCGUGUGUGGAAAUGGCCGCUGCACUAACACCAUAGGCGGGUUCGACUGCAGCUGCCAGGAAGGCUACGCACCUGGCCUGAAUCAGGUUUGCGAAGACGUCAACGAAUGUCACCUGGGCGCGCACGGGUGCGCUUUCCGGUGCGUCAACACGCCUGGCUCGUUCCGCUGCAUCUGUCCCUACGGGUACGAACUGGCGCCCGACGGAAAGCACUGCCGAGACCUGGACGAAUGUGCGACUGGCACUCACGGCUGUCGGUUUGCGUGCAAGAACCUGGUGGGCAAUUUCCAGUGCAUCUGUCCUGACGGCAUGAGGCCUGUCGGCAACGGAGACAACUGCGAGGAUAUCGACGAGUGCCGCGAAGAGCCGGACGUGUGCCAGAACGGUGACUGCGUGAACACGCACGGCGGCUACCGCUGCCAAUGCCACGGGGGCUUCCAGAGCAGCCGCGACGGAAAGCAGUGCCACGACACUCGGCAGGAGAUGUGCUACACGACCUUUUCGUCGUGCCCCAGGACGGGCGCCGGAGAGAUGUCCCGGGACCAGUGCUGCUGCUCCAUAGGCGUCGCCUGGGGCCCGCACUGCGAGGCCUGUCCACUGCGGAACUCGAACGAAUACCGCCAGCUGUGUCCAUUCGAACCGGGUUCCGACGGUGACGGUAAAGACAUCAACGAGUGCAGUUUGAUGCCCGAUCUGUGCAAGAACGGCAUCUGCAUCAACACCCAAGGCUCUUACCGGUGCCGCUGCAACGUGGGAUACAAGCCGGACACUUUCGGAAAGCAAUGCGUCGAUAUCAACGAGUGCGAGCAGACCUUUCCGCCUUGCAAGUCCAAGUGCAUCAACACGGACGGCAGCUUCAUCUGCGGCUGCGAGCCGGGAUACACUUUAGCUGAGGACAAAAGGUCCUGUAAAGACAUCGACGAAUGCGCGACGGACAGACACAACUGCCAGCACAGCUGUGUCAACACACCCGGAAGCUUCAGCUGUGGGUGCAAAAGCGGAUACAAGUCUCACGAAAACCAAUGUAUCGACGUCAACGAGUGCCAGGAACAGCCACACCUGUGUGCCCCGAGUGGCACAUGUACUAACAUGCUGGGAACAUACCGAUGCAACUGCCUGCGCGGUUUCAUCACCGACGCCUCCGGAAAGUCCUGUAAAGAUACUAACGAAUGCGCCAACACGGCCAAGUGUCCCCACGGCUGCGAGAACUACGAGGGCUCGUACCGCUGCACCUGUCCCAAGGGCUUCAAGCAGGACCCCUACUGGAACCAGUGCGUCGACGAGAACGAAUGCCUGAGCCGCCCCUGCGGUUCGGCGUCCUCCUGCAUCAACACGGUCGGCAGCUUCUCGUGCUCGUGUCCCCCCGGAUACCGCUACGACGAGAUCAUGGUCAACUGCAUCGGAGGCGAAGGCUGCGAGAACAGCCCCUGCCUGUACGAAUGCACGCCGACAGGCAGCAGCGGUUUCCUCUGCGGCUGCCCUGAGGGAUUCCAACGCAUCGGCCAAGGCGCUUCGACGGCCAAAGCAGCCAGCGCGGCCGCGGAGAUAAAGAAUGGUGGAAACUGCAGGGAAGACACUGCCUCUCGGCGCGGGACAGUAGUGGGCAGUCGGUGCCAAACUGCGCUAGGCGGCUUGGGAUCCUCCAUACCCGUCUAUCCGCUCAUCGAUGCCGAAGGGGAGGCGUCCGGCGACGACAAGAUCAUCUCCACCGAGGGCUGCUACUCGUGCAAUCUCAACAGCGGCUCGCAACAUCGGAGGGCCAGAGAUGCGGCGAGGGACAGCGUCCCUGCGGCCAAUGCUACCAGCGUGCGGGUGACGCGCCGUUUCCGGAGAGCAACACACAGGAAGCGCACAGGCGAGGAAUCGAAGAAGCACACGUCAUCGGAGCACAAGCGGCGGCAUGAACACUCGCACUGGAACCUGGUCAAGCUGACCAUUCCCGUGAGCGAGGCCCAGAAGGGACAGCAUGUCCUGGAAAUCCGUCCCGCCUACAAGCACUUGCGUGAUGACAGAAACUACCACGUGCUACACGGCGUGGACAGGGACCGAUUCCAGGUUGUGUCCAGCGACGGCGGAGUGACGCUGCAGCUGGCGGAGACCAUCGAGCAGCCUGGCGUGUACAAAGUCAACAUCGGAAGCAGAUCGCCAACAGAGGAGGAGUCUCAGCACCACAACAGAGCAUUCCGGCUCGCGUUCAACUCGCCAUCGUCGAAUAAUGAUAAUAAUAAAAAAACACCGCCACGGCCGGCAUUCAUCCGUCAUCUCCCUCUCACACCACUACAUAUAAAGAAGCUACACGAAGUGGCGUGAAAGCAGCGGCUGCUGUAGCGAGCCACGCCUAUACAUUAUUAAAGCACUCAAACCUCGA